GACAAUUGUAUCGUGUAUGACCGCUACGGGGCUUAGGGUGAAAAAUUUGGAAUCGAAAAAUAGCAACAAAUAAAUAAAUGAAACUUUCAAGCAGAUUUAAAUGGAAUACUAAGUAACGUUUAUUACUACAUAGCCAAGACAAGUGAAAAUUAUUGAGUGAAAAGUGCUGAGAGUUGCUGCCAGCAGCUGAGCUGCAGUGUAGCAACAAAAGUAUUACUCGGCUCGUUAAAUGGAAAGAGGCAAGGGCUGAGGUAGCUUCGAUUUGUAAUUCAAUUACGGACUCACACACAAGCAGACGAAAAAGGCCGAUAUUGGAUAUGGUUUUCAUACGUGAUCCCUGUGGCAUUGUGUGCCUGAUUUUUACCUAUGGUGCGGUUAUCUACGCAGAUUAUGUGGUUAUGCGCUGGAUAAUACUGGCAACAAUGCCACUAAGUAUUUGGGCACCCUUCCAUGUUGUGCUCUUCAAUACGGUUGUCUUCCUGCUAGGCAUGUCGCAUUUGAAAGCAGUUUUCUCAGAUCCAGGCAUUGUACCGCUGCCCGCCAAUCGCUUAGACUUCUCCGAUUUGCACACCACCAACAACAGCACCAAACAGAUAUCUGGCAAUGGCCAUGGUAGCGAAUGGACAGUGUGCACACGCUGCGAGACUUAUAGGCCACCACGAGCCCAUCAUUGUCGCAUAUGCAAGCGAUGCAUACGCCGCAUGGAUCAUCAUUGUCCAUGGAUUAAUAAUUGUGUGGGCGAACGCAAUCAAAAGUACUUUCUGCAAUUUCUCGUAUAUGUGGGUAUUCUCUCCCUCUACUCUGUAGCGCUAAUACUCGGCUCUUGGGUAUCGCCGUGUACGGAAUGCAGCCAAAAUGUAAUUGAUACACAGCUGCGCAUGAUUCAUUCCAUCGUUUUGCUGUUGGAGUCGGCGCUGUUUGGACUGUUUGUGACUGCCAUCAUGGUAGAUCAGCUACACGCCAUAUUGUACGACGAGACGGCUGUCGAGGCGAUACAGCAGAAGGGGGCAUAUCGACCUAAUCGACGUAAAUAUCAACUGUUGGCCGAUGUGUUUGGACGUGGACAUCCGAUGCUGUGGCUUCUGCCUUGCGCUAGUCUAAAUCACGCCGCACGAUAUCACGACACACCGCUGCUCAGCCACGAUGUUUAGAAGCCGUGUGAUAAAUUCUAUUAUUUUGCAAAUCUCUCGAUGGUCUCAAGAAGCCACAAAAACCAAUACAUAUGCGUAUCUUCAACUAUAUGUGUAUAGUUUUCAAUAAAUCUAAUGAUAAACAUAUGAAUAAGUACAAA